UUAUUUUGACAGGAAAUCGUUUUGGACUCUGGAAUCACAAUGCUCUGAGAGAGGCUCCCGGUCUCGCGCCGUACCCUCCUCAGAAACUGGAUCUCCACGAGCUUUCAGCUAGUAAAUCUGUAGGAUUGAACAGUUCCAGUCUUCGCUGUGGAUCAGCGGAGUCCGUUCUGAGAAAGAAAUGAUCAUCAGUUAGAUGAAAUGACUGCCAUCCUGUUCCAGAUCUUCUUCUCCUAGUGUCGUCUUUGCAACCUGUUUCUAAUUUAGCUUCAGAAAUGCACUCAACAGGAACAGUUCACAUAGAGGUUAAACUACUAGAAGAGGAGAGGAACAUGGAAUCCGCAAAAAUCUCCAAUACUCAGCCAAUACCCUCUCCUACCCCUCCCGAACAAAUGCAGAAAAGUACAUGCCCAAAGAAAUUCUACCACUGCUUCGACUGUGGAAAGAGUUUUACUCAUCAGGGUACAUUCCAACGACACCUGCGCAUUCACACUGGAGAGAAACCUUAUCGCUGCUCAGACUGCGGGAAGAGUUUUAAUCAUCAGGGUACACUCCAACUACACCAGCGCAUUCACACUGGAGAGAAACCGUAUCACUGCUCAGACUGUGGGACGAGUUUUAAGCAAAAUAUUCAUCUCCAACGACAUCAGCGCAUUCACACUGGAGAGAAACCGUAUCACUGCUCAGACUGUGGGAAGAGUUUUAAGCAAAAUAUUCAUCUCCAACGACAUCAGCGCAUUCACACUGGAGAGAAACCGUAUUACUGCUCAGACUGCGGGAAGAGUUUUAGUCAUCAGAGUAAUCUCCAACAACACCGGCGCAUUCACACUGGAGAGAAACCGUAUCACUGCUUAGACUGUGGGAAGAGUUUUAGUCAUCAGAGUACUCUCCUCAAACACCAGCGCAUUCACACUGGAGAGAAACCGUAUCACUGCUCAGACUGUGGGAAGAGUUUUAGUCAACAGAAUAAUCUCAAAACACACCAGCGCAUUCACACUGGAGAGAAACCGUAUUUCUGCUCAGACUGUAGGAAGAGUUUUAGUCGUCAGAGUACUCUCAUAACACACCAGCGCCUUCACACUGGAGAGAAACCGUAUCACUGCUCAGACUGUGGAAAGAGUUUUACUCAACAGCGUAAUCUCCAACUACACCAGCGCAUUCACACAGGAAAGAAACCGUAUCACUGCUCAGACUGUGGGAAGAGUUUUACUCAACAGCGUACUCUCCAACGACACCAGCGCAUUCACACUGGACAGAAACCGUAUCAAAAUGACUGCCGUCCUGUUCCAGAUCUUCUUCUCCUAGUGUCGUCUUUGCAACCUGUUUCUAAUUUAGCUUCAGAAAUGCACUCAACAGGAACAGUUCACAUAGAGGUUAAACUACUAGAAGAGGGGAGGAACAUGGAAUCCGCAAAAAUCUCCAUUACUCAGCCAAUACCCUCUCCUACCUCUCCCAAACAAAUGCAGAAAAGUACAUGCCCAAAGAAAUUCUACCACUGCUUCGACUGUGGAAAGAGUUUUACUCAUCGGGGUACAUUCCAACGACACCUGCGCAUUCACACUGGAGAGAAACCUUAUCGCUGCUCAGACUGCGGGAAGUGUUUUAAUCAUCAGGGUACACUCCAACUACACCAGCGCAUUCACACUGGAGAGAAACCGUAUCACUGCUCAGACUGUGGGAAGAGUUUUAAUCAACAGAUUCAUCUCCAACGACACCAGCGCAUUCACACUGGAGAGAAACCGUAUCACUGCUCAGACUGUGGGAAGAGUUUUAAGCAAAAAAUUCAUCUCCAACUACACCAGCGCAUUCACACUGGAGAGAAACCGUAUCACUGCUCAGACUGCGGGAAGAGUUUUAGUCAUCAGAGUAAUCUCCAACAACACCGGCGCAUUCACACGGGAGAGAAACCGUAUUUCUGCUCAGACUGUGGAAAGAGUUUUAGUCGUCAGAGUAUUCUCCAACUACACCAGCGCAUUCACACUGGAAAGAAACCGUAUCACUGCUCAGACUGUGGGAAGAGUUUUAAUCAACAGAGUAUUCUCCAACUACACCAGCGCAUUCACACUGGAAAGAAACCGUAUCACUGCUCAGACUGUGGGAAGAGUUUUACUCAACAGCGUACUCUCCAACGACACCAGCGCAUUCACACUGGACAGAAACCGUAUCACUGAUCGAGCUCUGUAAGAAUAAGUAAUUCCGCGGACCACAAGGCGCUCUGCACGCUGCAGCACGUUGCCGAAAUUUGACCCCCGCAGAAUCCGGUUCCCCUGCAGAAAAGGCACAACACCACCCCCUGUUAAACUGCUGUAGUGGAAACAGCGCUUAUAAAUAAAUUAAGAAACACAAAAAUUAGGGUGUUCAAUCUGUAAUUUCAGUUCAAUUAAGUUUUUCUUUUUAAUUACUGUUUUUAUUAGUUUCAGUUAAGGAUAACUUUCACUUUCAGUUUUCGUCAUUUCGUUCGUUUUUGUUAACAGUAAUACUUGCUUACUUAGCUAUAUGGUGAUUUUCAUGCCAUAACUUUAUAUUAAAUAAAAAUAGUAUUUAAAAAACAGAUGACUACAUCACAAACUAUUUCCUGGAGCCCGAGACCCGGCCCGAGGAAAGUGAUGGGAAAUCUCGGGUCGGGUCCGGGCAGAGAAUUAAAAGUCAAAGUGUCCUGCUAUUAAAAAGAAUGGAAAAUUAAUUACAAUAAUAAUAUAGUUCUGCAUACUAGAGUUUAGAUUGUCUGCCCGAACCCGAGCCUGAACGGAAGCCUAAAUGAUGCGAUGGCCGAAUUUGGGCCGGCAAGAAUUCUCACCACUUUCCUGGCACGCUGUCGGGUUCGGCCGAAGAAAAUGGUCUGUGACGUGACGCAGAACUAUGUUUAAUGCAUAGACUGUGUAUAGCUGGACAGAGCAUCGUCUCUCAAAAGUGAAGCCACCACAGGUCGGGCGCCCCCUGCUGUUCGGCUGCAGAAAGCUGUGUAACUCCACCGAUCUCCAUAGGUUUCAAUGGCAAAACAGACAAAUUUAAAUCACAUUUUUUUCCAAUAUACUGUAAUUCUACCUCCUUUAUUUAAAUGCGGCAGCUAGUGUAACCUCUGCUUAUAUUGUUAAAUUUUAAUACCCCCACAGAAUUCGUUUUUUGAAACGUUAUUCAGCUCUAUUCAAAAAGGUGUGGUUAUUGUAAAAGGGCUGCUUAUGGGCGGGACCAAUAACAGAACGUCAGCCCUGCUCUGCAGUCUUUGUGUGGCGGAGUUAUUUAAAUGAGUAGGCUGUCUCUCCACAGUCUUUCUCCCUCCUCUGGUCUCUACUGCGCUCUAGAGACUUGGGUUUCAGGAUCGCCAACAUGGAGGAAGAUAUUGGCUUCAUUUUCGUUAAAUGAAUGGGAACGGCGACACGGCGUCCAUCUUUUUUUACAGUCUCUGGUUCAAUGUAACAAAUCACACUGUGAUUUUUGUGCUGAUCUAAAAGUUACGGCUCAUCCGCACGUUUAAAGCUCCGCAGGUGGAUUUAGUGGGUGCUUCUUCUACUGCCUAAGGGCUGCAUGAACUUGUACUAAUCUCAAAGCAGUAGCUUAACAGCUUUACCAGUGCUAUGAAUCGCAACACCUAUAGAACAGAGGAAGCAGAGGCAACGUGAGGGUUCUAGUGAAAUAAUUCAAAUGUAAAAAUACCCACCACAUAAAAAUCACAUUACCAUAAAACUAAAUGCUUCAUUACUAAAUGCAGUCAGUGCUACUGUGGGAACACUUUGACUAGCAUCACUUUAUCACUUUUGUUUACUUUGAUUUUAGUGUAACAUUAUUUUACAUAUCUAGCAAAGCAGCUUUGUGUGCCCAGCUCUGAACUUAUGAAAUUUGAACAAGAAUUACUCUAAAUCACUGAUGUGUACUGGUAUAAUUAUUGCUAUAUGUGCUGAGUGGUGUGUGCAUUUGCUGUGUUCUGUAUCUGUUGUAUUGGCUUAUUGGUUUUAUGGUAUUUAAAUUUUGUAUGACCUAAUGGUAAUGAAUUUGGUAACACUUUCUAAUACUGUUUCAUAGUUAAUAGGUAAGUAAACAGGAACUAAGCAAUAGUGCUUCAUUAACACCUAAAUAUUUUCUAUUAACUACAAGGAAUCACUGAGUAAUUACUAUGAACUGAACUAAUGAUUUUAGCAGUUCACUAUUAGUUCCACAUUAUUUACUGAGACUUACAUAUCUCCUGGAGAACUACUGACUAAUUGUGUCUCCUUUAUAGUAACUAUUAAUUAAUUACUGCCUAAAUCAACAUUAACUGCUCAGCUGAAAACCCUUACAUGCCACCUGGGAACAAUGUACUUCCCAGGUAUGUACAAUAAAUCAAAUUAUUCGAUGGUGAUAUUGAAGGCAUAUUUGAUCGAAUUAAGUGACACCAACUGUAGUAGUAGUGGUAACCUUAAUUACCUUAUUAUCCUCAGUUUAUUCGAAAAUAGUAGAAACACAUAGUAAAAUUCUACAGUGUGCAGUUGUCUGCUUAACUCCUAUUUUUGGAAGAAAAAACAUUUUCAUGCAGCAUUAAUACAUAGGGGACGUUGAGACAUAAAACUGGAAGAAUGACUGAGAGUGUGAUGAUAUUUUUUUAUGAUCACUGCUUUAAUAUUAAUAGUGUGCACUAUUAGGGUAAUUAUGGUAAUUUCACAUCAGAUGCAGCUCUCCUCAGUGUAUGUUCUCUACUGUUGCUUCUGCAUGAGACUGCCUCUUUCUUCUUUCUGUAUUUGACUGAAAAUAAACUAUUAAUCACAAUA